AUGGUGGCCUUGUGGUGGCUCUUCUUUCCCUUUCUCGCAGCGAUGACUACAGCAAUGCACAACAACACAGGAGACGUGCUGUUCCCAGACGCACUGGAUCCUCCAGAGUCCGCAGAUCACAGAGGUGUUUCCAGCGGAAGUGUGGGUGAUCAGCUCAGACCGGGACAUGUGGUCAGGGUCAAGGGUCUGCUCACCCCCAUCUUCUCCUCCCCCGCUCCCCCUCUCCACAGGAAGUCCAGAAACAUGCACAGAAGCAGCAAGUGCACACACAUGUGA